AUGAAUCUAGAUCCUAUGGAUAAGAAUGGACCAAUGAGUGGUCGAUGCGGCCCUGAAACUGAUCAAAUGGAACGAUUUCUUUCUGAAACAUUUGGUUUCAAAAAUAUUUCAGGCCAAGAUAUUGUUCAAGGUGUACGAUCAUUUAAAUUGGGCAAACCUCCCCAUUAUUUGAAUCCACAUACAGAGAUACACUUUCCCUAUUAUACCACGAAUUCAUUUGCAAUGUCUGUACAAGAAAUCAUAAAUUGGCAACGUUCAUAUAGAGUUUAUGCCGACAGAAGUAUUCAAGGCAUGAAUAAAGAAUUUCUUACACGUGCUCUACAAGGAAAGAGUGAAAAUGGUGAAGAAGCCUUUCGUAUGAAAUUUGUCGUACGAAUUUCAACAUGUCCAAUCUUGAUGGAAUUUGAUGCUAAAAUCAUACGUCGUAACUUAAAUGAAUCUUGGCCUAACCGUAUUAAACUUGUUUCAGUGACAGGUAUUGAUUUUGCUGGUCGAAAACAUGAUAUAGGUGACAUUCUUUACUAUGUAUCGAAUUGGAGAGAAGUUUUUCAAAUUGAUCCACGAUCAAAUUUGCCCUUAGUUUAUAAUGGUAGAGAUUUUCAUGCAAAAGUCGAUGGACCACCAGGCAAACUUCAUAAAGAACAUGUUCGAGACAGUUUGAUGCGUAUGGUUAGACUACGAUUAUAUGCAUGCGAUCAGGAAGGUGUUCAGAUUGUUGUUGAAACAGGUAUUGGACUUGGUGUAUUUGCUGGUAAUCAUAUCGGAAUCGAUGCAAAAGUACGAGCACUAUCAGCAGAAGCAAUUCUAACAGUACUCCAACGUGAUGGUUCAUUAUUCAAAAAUAUUCGUGCUGUCAUAUUAGCUUUACCAAAAUUCAACAAAAGUAGAUCGAAACAUCGUGUUCCUGAUACGUUUGAUGCUUUUGUAAAUGAAUUUGACAAAUCAGCAUACAAUGGUCCUAUACCUGUACUCAUUGCUGAUCAAGAUAUGCAUCGAUUAACUGUAGCUAUCGCUCGUCGUGGUUUCAUUGUUUCUGAACUAAAUCCUGCUGAUUCACACGGUGUUUUUGGUGAAUAUUGGCAAAAUCGAGGGCCAGCUGUAGAAGAAAAGUUAGCUUUGACAACUGUCGGUUUACUUGUACAACAUCAUCUUAUCAAUGAAGAAGUUCUUAAUACAAAUAACUAUCGCUUCUUAAUGACGAAUGAAAGAUCCACCUUGGAUUAUUGGUCAGCCAUUGCGGCCAAUGAUAAUAACAAUGAGAAAGUAGCCACCAAUUGCUGUACACAUCAAUAA